CUGUUUUAUCUCCAAAAAAUUAAUUUUUAAUGUUGUUUACUUCCUUUCAUUAAGGUUAAAUGUCAAUUUUGAUCCUUCAAUUGUAAGGUUUUAAUAGAGGAAAAAGAUUGGAAAAAGACAAUUAUGGUAGGAGCUGCAACUGAUGAUUAAUGAUAAUAGAGGAAAUUGGUGUUUGCUUGGGGAUUUCAAUGCCACUAGGAACCAGUUUGAAAGGGCAGGUAACAACAGCCAAACAAGCAUUAUGAGGCAGUUUGAAGAAUUCAUUCAAGAAGCGGGAUUGGUUGAAAUUCCAUUAAUUGGGAGAAAAUUCACAUGGUACCACCCUAAUGGUUGCUCCAUGAGCAUACUUGAUCGCUUUCUAUUAUUUGAGGAAUUGAUAAUGAUGUGGCCAGAUAUUAAGCCAUGGGGCCUUAAAAGAUCCUUGUCUGAUCACUGCCCUAUUCUUUUGAAGAAUGAGAAGAUAAACUGGGGACCUAAACCAUUCAAGUUCUUUAAUGUAUGGCUAAAGCAGAAGAGUUUCAUGGAGUUAAUAGUGAGUACAUGGAAAGCAAAAGAAAUUAUAGGUUGGAAGGGGUACCAAUUGAAAGAGAAGUUGAAGAUCAUGAGUGCUAAAGCAAAAGAAUGGAGCAAGAAGGCAAUGUCCCAAAUUGAUAUGAAGAUCCAAGAGAGCAAGGAGGCAAUUGCUAACCUGGAUUUGAAAGCAAAAAUGAUGACACUCAUAGAGCCAUUCAACGAAGAAGAAAUAAGGGCAGUAGUUUGGGAAUGUGGUUGCGACAAAUCUUCAGGUCUAGAUGGUUUUAAUUUCAGAUUCUUUGAGGAAUUCUGGCAAGAGAUUAAGGAGGAUGUGAUUGGUUUUGCUCAAGAGUUCCAAAAGAAUGGAAAAUUGAAUAGUGGUGCAAAUGCCUCAUUCAUUACCUUAAUUCCGAAGGUUAAUGGGAGUCCUUCUAGACAAUUUGGGGUAUCUAAAGGACUAAAACAAGGGGACCCUUUAUCACCAUUCUUGUUCUUAAUUGUUGCUGAAGGCCUUAAUGGAAUCAUAAAGUCAGCAGUUGAUAAUGGGCUAUUUGAAGGAGAUGAUAAUUGGGAAAACUGGAUUAGAGAGGGCAGGGGGAAAGGAUCAAGAUGGUGGCAAGAUGUGUGUAGAAUAGAUGUAGUUGAUCAAAAUAGAAGUAGAUGGAUAUCUGAAGGAUUUCAAUUUGCUAUAGGUAAAGACAACAAGCUCAACCAAAUGGGAUGCUGGGAGAAAGGAAUAUGGAAGUGGAACCUCCAAUGGACACGAGAGCUCUACACAUGGGAACAAGAUAAAACCAAGGAGCUUGAUAACAUUCUACAAAAUGUAUCACUGACGUAAGGAGGAAGAGACUCAUGGAGGUGGAAAUUCAACUCCAACAGUACGUACUCAUCAAGCUCGAGAUAUGCAAGACUAGUUGAAUGCGAGAACACGCCUCAUAAAAAAAUCUAUGAAAGGGUAUGGAAUCCGGUAAUCCCUCACAAAAUGUGUGGCUUUGUCUAGCAAUUAAUCAUGGAUAGGCUG